GGUUGGCGGCGGCGGAGCAGAGCCGGGCCGGGGAGGCGCCGGCGUGGUCCAGGAAGCCUGCGCGCCUGUCGCUCGCCGAAACCCACGGCGCGGGAUGGCCGGCUGGUGGCGGGCUCUGCCGCGCGCGGCCCGGCGCUACCCAUGGCCCACGAACGUGCUGGUAUGAGCAUUCUCCAGGGAAAGGAUGACAUAUUUUUGGACCUGAAACAGAAAUUCUGGAAUACAUAUAAGAGUGGUCUGAUGUACUGGCCUUUUGUCCAGCUGACUAACUUCAGCCUUGUCCCCAUUCACUGGAGAACGGCCUACACUGGACUCUGCGGUUUUCUCUGGGCCACCUUCCUUUGCUAUUCACAACAGAGCGGAGACGGCACCUUGAAAUCCGCUUUCACCUUCCUCCACAAAGAGGAGGCCAGCACAGCGGAAAGGCCCCUAGAGAAAUGAGGAGUCUGGGGCUGUCGAAGUGACUCCUUUUUUUUCCCCUCUAAAAUGCACUGGGAAGCCUGUGGAUACGAUACUCAACUUAGCAGUUAUGGGUUUCAUUUUGAAGAAUUACUAUUCCAUAGGCCCACUUGUUCUUAAAUUAUUGAUGAUUGUUUUAAAUGUUAUUCAAAACUUUUUUUCCUAUUCUAGUUUGGAAGGCUUAUUUCUCUAAUAUUUUCACUUCUCUAAUACUAUGUUUAGUAUCAGUAACAGUUGGAAAAUGGCAUUUUAGAAUUAUUAAUAUUUCUAGUCUAUAUUUUACUGUUAGUUGAUUUCAGGAAUCCAGUUUUGAUUGUUUACAUCUCUAUCCUAAUGUCUCAGGUUAUCUCCUAAACUCUUCUGGGUCAUAUUACCUUUUAUACCAAAAAUAGUUCUUAUAAUAAAUUUCUGCGUACAUAGAAUUCCAUCAAGGAAAAGAUCAAAUAGCCAAAUUUCCCCUCAAAAUACUGCCAAAUAAUGCAUUGUUAUGCUGAUAUUAAAAUUCUGUACAUUCAUUUUUAUCAUCAAAAAAAGGAAUAGUGUAUGAUUAGCAUAUUCUGCAUAGCGUAUGUUUUAUUGAUGUCUCUCACUUUUAUCAUUUCUAAAUUAAAUACUCUUAAAAGUCUUUUAGUUUUGAACAUGUUGUUGACUAAAGCACCCUAUUUCCUGGAUGUACAAAAUAAACAAAAUUGGAUGAUGGUUCUAAAACACGCUUUUUCUUCCUCUGGAAG